AAACAACUCAGUCUGUCAGUGUGCGCCGAGCGUUAGGAACAAGUCUCACUAGUCGGAUUUGCAGCCAGAGAGAGAGACACAUCGAGAGAAUCCAAGCAGGACAGGCGAGAAAUGAACUAUCUAAUGACUUGCCACAUCCGAGCACAUUCUCAAAUACCCUGCAACCGAGACCCAUGAAUAAGGAUUGCAAUAUUUUUUCCAUCCUGGAAAAUCUGGCAAUAAUUUUGUCAGUCUCGGCACAUUUGUAAAUUUGUGUCCAUUUGAAAUGCUUGUUUUUAAUUUGCAUUAAUUAGUUUCGUUUUGCUAAUCCCCCCCCCCCUUAAUUAUCUGGAUUGUUUGUUGCCCGUCUCAACAUUUCAAGUGCAUACGGAAUUAUUGGCAUCUAGGAGUCAAGCAGGAGAAUCCAAUUGGAGAACUAGAGGGGAGAAAGAGAAGCAGCGAGAUCUGUCCAGCAUCAAUAUGUUCUUCUGAAGAGGCGAGGAAAAGCUAAUUCCAAACCAUCAUAUUCUCGUCCUAAUUCGGCGGAAUAACAGAAUGAAGCGGGAGUGAAAAGGGAAUUGGAAAGAUAGGUCCAGUCUAAACCCCUCGGGAAAAAACAAUAAGCAUCACGAAAUACUGGAAAAGUAAACUCUUGCAGGGAAAAUUGCAGCAAAACGGCAGUGGGAAUUGAUAUUGCGGCGGAGUUUUGUCCAAGAGCUACUUUUCCCUAAAGACGUUUUUUGUGGAAUUCUCUCCUUAAAUCCACAUAGACAGCACAUUUGUUUAAUCUAUCCUCCCGUGUGUGUGUGUUUUAGCAGAUAUCCAUGCAGGCUCCCAAAACACGUUGUUCCUGAGCACACUGACGGAUUCACCUGAAGCACACACGCUUUGUUCGUGUCCAGAGAUCUCCAACCUCUGGGAGCGUAGCCUAUCCCACACAGCUUUGAUGGGAGUAAAUAGACGGAAUUCGGGAUUUCAAAUGGCGAGUCGGGGCUGUGAAAAUGGAUUGGGAAUUCUCCUGAUAUUCUUAGUGGAUUUACUCGGGAUCACGGCGACCAACAUGGAGCCCAUCUACUGGAAUUCCUUGAACAAAAGGUUUAGUGAUGAUAAGGGCUAUGUCCUGUACCCUCAAAUUGGGGAUCGCCUGGACCUCAUUUGCCCAGCGUCUGAGCCGCCCGGUCCCCGGUCCCCCGCCGAAUAUGAGUACUAUAAACUGUACCUGGUGUCGUCACGGGAACAGGCAGACAGGUGUGAAGUGACCGGAGCCCCCAACCUGCUUCUCACCUGCGAUAAGCCCAACAGUGAUAUGCGUUUCACCAUCAAGUUUCAGGAGUACUCACCCAACCUGUGGGGUCACGAAUUUAAAACCAAUCAGGACUACUUCAUCAUCGCUACAUCAGAUGGGACGCGUCAGGGACUGGAGAGCAUGAGAGGAGGAGUUUGUGCUAUACAGGGCAUGAAGGUGGUGCUGAAAGUGGGACAGAGUCCAUAUGGUCUGCCAGCCAAAUCUCCCAAACCUGACCCUGCGGACCGUAUCAACAACCCAAAUCCAGGUGCUGGAAACAACACACAUCCCAGAAUUCCCCCUAGAGGUCCUGGUGGAGAAAACGGCCCUCUCCCCCCCUCCAACAUCGCUGUUAUCGCAGGUGCAGCAGGAGGUUCAGCUUUCCUACUGCUUGUCACUGCUGUGAUCUGCGUGGUGUGCUACCGACGACGACACGCCAAGCAUUCUGAAUCACACCACCCUCCCCUCUCCCUCUCCUCCCUGACCUCGCCCAAACGGGGCUGCGUCGGGGGUGUAGGAGGCGGCAACAACAACGGCUCGGAGCCUAGCGACAUCAUCAUCCCGUUGCGGACUUCUGACUCCGCCUACUGCCCGCACUACGAGAAAGUGAGCGGGGAUUACGGCCAUCCGGUCUACAUCGUACAGGAGAUGCCCCCUCAGAGUCCCGCCAACAUCUACUAUAAAGUAUGAGAACCGGAGACAACCUUACCGACAACAUCUGCUAAGACCACACCACACCGACCUUAAACAACGACCUAAAUCCCACCCCCAAAGUCUGCACCCCAAUAGAUCAGAUCCUUUUACCUUCACACGCAUUUCUCCGACACACUGACCGUUCGUGGUCGAGUAUGUCUGUGUGUGUGUGUGUUACCAUUCUUCGCAAACUCACCCAACUUCGGCCUUUUGUUGGCGAGAGAAUGUCCUGAUGUGAGGGCCUCCCUCUCUCUGACAUCCCACAUGGGGAAAAAUUCUUAAAGCUAGAGAAGACCUCCUGGAGUGGAUCAGCCAACUGAAAAAAACAUGAACUCCUUUUUUGGGGGGCAUUCUGGAGCACAAGCAUCAAAACUUUUUCUGAUGUACUUGAAAAACUGAGACUAUAAACACACAAAAAA